AUGAUCCCUCUAACCAAAUAUAGCCUGCUGUUGGCAGCUCUCUCCCCUCUUGCCAUAGCAGACGGGCAAUAUCGCUCGCGACCAGACCUCUCCCCUCCCAAGCUGAACAUCACCAUUCCGGCUCCUGAUGCGAACGGCACGGAGUAUGUCUUUCUCGCGCCAUACUCAGACGAUAUCCAGCAAAGCGGCGCAUACAUCUACCGCAAGAAUGGCGACCUGAUCUGGUCUGGCAUCGGGUACUAUGCAGGGUUCGUCGCUAACUUCCACACCACGACAUACCAGGGUCAAACCGUCCUGCAGGGAUUCCAGGGGACAAUGGACACGUCGCAUGGUGAAGGGUUCGGGCAGCAGGUCAUAUUGAACCAGAACUAUGAGCAUGUCGUGACUGCGAAGGCGGGGAAUCAUCGCAUUCCUUCUAUCCACGAGUUCAAUGUCAUCGAUGGGAAGACUGCGCUGGUGGAGGUCUAUGUCCCUACCGUGGCUAAUCUGUCGGCUUAUGGCGGCAACUCGUCGCAGAAGUGGAUUGGUGAUGGUCUUUUCCAGGAAUUCGACAUUGAAACCGGCGAGCUCGUCUUUGAGUGGAAUGCUCUCGACCACGUUGACCCUGCAGACAGCCUGGUUUCGCUCGGCUCAUCAACCAGCGACAGCGGUCUCUCCUCCAGCUCCACAUGGGACUUCAUCCACCUGAACAGCGUCGACAAAGACAAAGAUGGUAAUUACCUUCUUUCCUCGCGACACUUCAGCACCAUCUUCAAGAUUAACGGCACCGACGGCUCCAUUAUCUGGGAGCUAGGAGGCAAGCACUCCACCUUCAACCACAACUUCACCUUUGGGUACCAGCACCAUGCGCGCUGGCACUACCAGUCCCCAACGAAAGAGAUAAUCUCCUUCUUCGACAACUCCGGCAAUGGCGAAGUCACCGUCAACAAUGUAUCGCGCGCACUGAUCGUCGAGCUGGACCACACGGACGAUACCGCAACUGUUCUCCGCAAAGCGACAGCCCCGUAUGGAAUCCAGGCGGCUUCACAAGGGAACGCGCAGCUGCUGGCCAAUGACAACAUCUUUGUGAAUUGGGGCCAGGCAGGCGCAGUAACUGAGUAUGAUGCCAACAAUAAGAUUAUUUAUCAUGCUUUCAUUGAGGAGGCGGAGAGCUAUCGUGGGUUCCUCGCUAAUUGGACGGGCACACCAACGGAGGUCCCGGCCAUUGCUGCGUACGUGGAUGCAUCGCAGACUGUCCGGCUGUAUGUUUCUUGGAAUGGUGAUACGGAGACGAAGGGAUGGCGGUUCUAUCAGUCUGAGAAGGGUAAUACGACGUCUCUUGGGGUCGUGCCGCGGAAGUCCUUUGAGACGACUCUGUACUUGAAAAGUGAGCGGGGGUCAAGUGAUGUGAGGUUUUAUGCUGAGGCUGUGGGAGCGGGGAACAAGGUGCUGGCUAAGACGAAUGCUGUUUCUGCCAGGGAGUAUAUCUCGGUUGCUUGA